AUGACCGAGAUCAACCAGCAUUUCCGGUCCAUGAGCUUGAGUUUCAGAGGGGCAGAACGGCAGCCGCCGACUCUGUUGCAGAUGGCCCUCCGCUUCAGCCGCGUCAUGGAGCUGCAGGAGAUGACGGUGUCUGGCAACACGGAGACCCGGCUCAAGGCUGCGAUCGACUCCUUCAACAGCUGUGGUUCGCUGAAUGUUCGCCACCAGUUGGACGAUGACAAGCGCAAGUCAUUGCUCAACUUGCUGGUGGGCACUACAAAGGAGACCAGAGACGUGAUGACUCGGCACCUCAACUUCUUCAAGUGGAAGGAAAGCGCGUUGAGCACGGAGCAGCUGAAGUCCAGCCGUUGGCUUUUGAACGCUGGCAGGAAGAACGUUGCAGAGGCUGUCAAGCCCUACUUGGUGAUGACCCCCCGAUCCCAGGAGAUGCUGAUGACUUUGCAUGUGCGGCAGUUUGAGAAAGCUGGACGCCGCUUGAAGGCCAGUGCUCGCAGCAGGCUGCGGCUUUCGGCCACCGAGUUCGAGAAGCUGGCCGAUUACGCUGCUAUGAUGGAGUCGGUGAGGGUCCAAGCCAAGCUGGUGAACAGCAAGCCGGAGAUCGAGUCAGCCAUUCUCGCUGCGUUCUACGCAAGGGACCACUUUGAUGAGAUCACCGUGGCGGCAACGACCAAGUCGGAGACCUUCAGGCUGCAGUCCCUGUCCUUCUGGAUGGAAUUCGUCGAACCACCUGCGAUUCCGUCCUCACUCGUGAUGGACUCCUUGAGUAUGGACGUGGCUGCAGCAGAGGAGGCAGCUGCUGCGGCCAAGUUCGGUGAGAUCAAGGCCAUGCUGGAGUAUAACAUGGCAAAGGCCAAGAUCGACUCCCAGGCCCACAUCCGCAAGGUCAUGCAUGCCAAGGAGCAGAACAACAUUGGGCUGGUGGAGGAGCACAUGAAAACGAGGGCCUUUAUGUCCACGACCACGGAUAUGGUCCUGCCCAGCACCUACGAUACCUUUGUGAAGGGUGUCUGCGUGAAGACAAAUCUGACCCUGGGGGACAUCUUGACGGUCGGAUAUGUGGACACGACAAAGAUGGGGGUUUUGACGCAAACCCUCAUCGACCGAGUAGGUCAGUGGUGCCAGGACGUGGUGGCCCGCAAUCCGCUCAGCGCCUUGCAUGAAUGCACCUGCAUCAUCAUCAUCCUCCCGCUCCUUGCCUCAGCGGCUGGGGCCGGAUGUUUGAGGGCAGAUGUGAGGAGGUUGGAGGACAAGCUGAUCCACCACAACCUGGAGAUCCGGCAGUUUGUGGUGGUGCCAGACAUGGCCCAUGUGCACGCGAAUGCAGCCGCGCCGGAAGCGUAUGUCAACCUCCUCGCGGUCAGUGAUGUCACCCUCCCUGCAAAGGGCACCGGACAUCGUGCCAGCAAGAUCACUGAGAAAGUGGACCCGGCCGGCGUGAACUACUUCUGCAACAGCCUCCUCUGGACACGCCAGACGCUGGGUGAAAGGCCUCGCAUGAUCCCGGAGGCUGAGUACGUCACGCUGCAGAGCGGGUUCAGCAGCCACGAAUGCAGACGCAAUCUUACCGAUCUGCAAGAGACGGCCCAGUGGCAAGGUGGUGCUGACAUCCCCAGGACCGAUCCGGCAGUGCUGCGUCGCUGCAUCCUGGCACAUGCCACGCUAUAUGACGGCUGCGUGGAGAAAGCUGCGAUGACCAUGAAGUUGGCGUCCUUUUCGCAGACGGACGAGCCCAAGGCGUUCAUGAGCCCUGGUGUGCACAAGGGUGUGGUUGGAUGUGUGGUUACUUGUUGGUAUGAAGUGAGAGCGCCGGAGACCGGAGAACAACCCAAGGACAGGAUGUGGAAUCUUCAAGCAGCACUGCUUGGACCUCUGGAAGGCGGGUGCAGCACCGUUCGACAAGAGCAGACCAGCUUUCGUCCCGGAGCCAGCGGAGUCUCAGCUGAUUCAUUCGUGUUCAUGCAAGUUGAUGUCCCUGUCCUUGCAGAGCGUCCCAAUCUUCAGCUUUGCAUACUGAAUGAUGGCGUGUUGACUUUGCCAAGGGAUGUGAGAAUGAUGUUUCUCCAGGACCCGGUCCGGUCUGUUGAGUGGAAGGAGGUCUUGCGUCAGUUCGAUGCAACAUACCAGUCCGGUGCAGCAGCGGCUGCAGCAAGCAGCAGCACCGGCGCCAGCCCUGCUGCAGCCUCAACCUUUGACUGGUCCUCAGUCUUCGGUGGCCAGACCCAGUUUGAUGAGGGGAAGAUCAAGGCAAAGUAUGCCUUGGCAGGGGUUGCCAAUGUCACGUGCUACAUCGUGACACCGUCGGACUAUGAGGAGCCAGGGCCAGAUGACGAGGACACCCCCCCGCCGCAGUAUCAAUUCUGGAUGAGAGCCUCGGUUGACCUCACGGUGCCUGACACCUUGCCGGUCCUGACCUACGGCCCUGGAACGUGGGUGACUGAUGCGCGUGCGAAAACUGCGCUGAGUGAGACGCCUGACAAGGUCGUCCUCUGUGCAUUCCAGAGCUGUGAGGACGUGGUGGUGCUGGAGGAGAGGUUGAGUGACAGAGUCAGACUUGCAAGCAUGUUGCAGCGUUGCAUCCAUGGGAGUGAGUUGUUUCUUUGUUCUUGA